GGUUGAGCUGGGCUGGGCGCGCCAAGGGGCUGAAGCAGGGAGGGGCGCCGAGUCUCCCGACCGUGGGGCGACUCCCGGCGGGUCCUUGCUGAGUGGCGGGCUGGGGACUUUAAAAUGCCUGGCACGGAGUUGGCUGAGCGGAUGCGAUGACGCGAUGGUACUCUGUGGCCCUUCCGCCUUUGCAAACUUCUCGGCGAUUCCCGCGGUCUGGGAAACUGGGACGGGAUCCCUGGGAGAUGGAAGAAACUCCUGAAUGUGGUAGGAGACAAAUCGUGUUAGGACUUGCAGGUCGUGCAAACUGCCACCACCAAGAUAGAGCAACACGAACAGAGGGACCCCUGGAAGAUGAGCCUGAUGCAGGCAGAAUUCCGAUGAGCUGGACAGCGCUGUGACAAGUUCCAAGCAGCCCCCAGGGCCUUGACAUGGCACCAAAAACCAAGAAGGGAUUGAAAGGCUCCAUUGAUGAUGUCCUCGGUGACCUCUUAGGGGAUGAGAUGAUGCUGCCGGAGGAGCCUGUGAAACUAGCUCCCCGGGCCCGAGAUGCCGCAGCCACAACCCGGGCGCCCCCUUCUUCAAGGGCUAGAACAAAGUCCCUCCUGGAAGACUGUGCCUUCAGCACCACAGCAGGCCUGACAGGACCUGAUGCUGAGAUGUCAGACCUCUCAGACGCAGACCCUCAGGCGCUCCUCCAGACCUUGAAGGACCUGGAUGACAUGGAUGCCGACCUCUUGGGUCUGAAGAAGACCAAUCUGGCCUCUAGCAAAAUCGCUGCAAAGGGCUCUGGGAAAGAAGAGUUGCCGAGUCAUCUUAAGUCUGCCAGCAUAUUACCAGCCAGUGGGAAAGGGGACACCAUUCCCGCCAAGAAGUCCCCUCCCUCUCCCAGCAGCUUCGGGCAUCCGUACAGGAAGUUUUCCUUCGAAGACUCAGGAGACCCGUUGGCGGGACUUCUCUCCGAUGACGAGGAAGGAAUCACCAAGAAGCCACCCAGGACAGAGAGUAAAACGGCUUCCGAAAAGGGCCCAGCCCCGGUCCGAGACCAAGGUCCCUCCAUUCCUCUAACGCCCGGGGACACCCCAGUCCGAAAGAAAGAAGUGCUAUUUGAUGAGGAGGACGACAUCAUGGCCACGCUGGGCUUUGCGGACAGCCCCACCGCAGAAAGGAGGCAGGCGGGAGACCAGGAAGGGCCCCGUCCUGCUCGCUCCAGACUGGAUGAGCUGCUGGGUUGGGGCACGGCCACCAAACCGCUGGCCCACCCGGGCACUGGGGAGCACAGGGAGCUCAAGCUGGACAAGCAGUUCCAGAGGCCACAGGACAAAGAAAUUCCCUGGGGUGAUGAGGACUUCACCUUUGGGGCCUACCAGCCCACCGUGGGCUCCUCCGAGGCACGGCAGUCCCGCCGGCAGUUGGUCAGUAGGUUCUUGGCAGAAGGUGGUGCAGACCCCAAGGGAGAGCCAGCCUCCAAACGGGAGAGCACCCCAGUGGCCGCCAGCCCCACCCACCCCAGGAAGGGAGGAGCCGACUGGCUGGGGCUGAAGGACGAGGACCUGCUCCCUCCGUCUCCCUCCAGAGAGGCCCAGAGGGGAGGCUCAGAGGCGCCCCCCACACCUUCUGCGCCCCUUCCCGGCAGCCAGCACUCUGCCCCAGCUAGACUGCCCACCUCCUCCCCGGGGGCCAAGCCAGUGCCAGCUGGUGCAGGUUUGCCUGCCAAAGCCGGCCAGCCUUCGCAGCUGGGAGCAUCGAAGAAGGAGGAAGAGGAUUGGCUGAGCCAAGCCUUGUCUCGGAAGAAGUCCCAAGGUGUGGCCAGAGAGGAGCACGCCGAGGCCUCUGAAGGCCAGCACUUGGUGGGGGCCGCGGGCAGCCCCCCUGCCAGCAGCCAGCCUAUUGCCAGCACGCGAGGGGUCAGACAAGCAGCCGCUGGAGGGCCCUCAGGAACAGCGACACACAAGCCACCAGCAGGACCUGCCAUCUCAGGGUCCCCCGUGGCCUGGAACCAGGCUGCCGUGGCCCUCCGUGUCGGUGACCCACAGAGGGGAAUGGCCGGUGCAGACCUCUCCACCGCUGAGCCUGCAGCCUGCUUCCCGAGCUCCCAGGACCCCGCAGGGGCUUCUGUGCCUGUCCAGUCCCUGCUGCCAGAGUCCCUGGUGCGCAGCCUGGCACCAGGCACAGAAUACCAGAGGCAGCUCCUGGCCGCACAGGUGCAGCUGCAGAGCGGCACUGCCGAGCUCCAGGCUGCGCUUCUGCAGAGUCAGGCCCGGCAGGCAGAGCUGGAGGCCCAGGUGCGGAAGCUGGAGCUGGAGCGGACGCAGUACCAGCUGCUGCUGGAGAGCCUGCAGCAGCGGCACCAGGCCGACCUGGAGCUCAUCGAGGGUGCUCACAGAAGCCGUGUAAAGAUGCUAGAAACGUCGUACCAGCAACGGGAAGAGCGGCUGCGGAGGGAGCACGAGGAGCUGGCGGCCCGGUUCCUGUCGCAGUGCCAGGAGGCCGAGCAGGCCCGCGCCGAGCUCACGGCCCAGCACCAGCGGCGCUUGGCGGCCGCCGCACAAGAGAAGGACCAGGAGAUGGAGCGGCUCCGGGAGCUGCAGCGGGCCUCCAUCCUGGAGAUGCGCAAGGACCACGAGGAGCAGCUGCAGCGGCUGAAGCUGCUGAAGGACCGGGAGAUCGACGCGGUCACCAGCGCCACCUCCCACACGCGGUCCCUGAAUGGCAUCAUCGAGCAGAUGGAGAAGUUCUCCAGUGGCCUGCAAGAGCUGUCCUCCCGCGUGGAGGCCUCGCACCUCAGCGGCGCCCAGGAGCGGGAGCUGGGGCUCCGGCAGCGCGACCAGCAGCUCCGAGCGCUGCAGGAGAGGCUGGGCCGCCAGCAGCAGGACAUGGAGGAAGAGCGGAGCCGGCUCCAGGAGGUCAUCGGGAAGAUGGAGGCACGGCUGACCGAGCAGAGCCGGCAACUGGAGCAGGAGCGAUGGCGAGUGAACGCCGAGCAGUCCAAGGCCGAGUCCGCGCAGCACGCUCUCGAGGAGCAGAGGAAGGUCAUGGUCCAGCAGAUGGCCAUGGAGCGGGAGGAGCUGGAGAAGGCCAAGAGCGCCUUGCUGGAGGAGCAGAAGUCCGUCAUGCACAAGUGUGCGGAGGAGCGGCGGCGCCUGGCAGCCGAGUGGGCCGACUUCUCCGCGCAGCAGAAGCUGAGUAAGGAGCGGGCUGAGCGUGAGGCCGAGAGGGCGCUGCAGGCGGACACCCGGCGGGAGGGCACCCUCGUCAGCCUGGUCAAGGAGCAAGCCGAGCUGAAGAUCAGAGCCAGUGAGCUCCGGGCCAAGGAGGAGCAGCUGGCGGCCGAGCGGGAGGCCCUGGAGCGCGAGCGGCAGGAGCUGCGGCUGGAGAAGGAGCGGGUCAGCGCCGCGGCCCUGCGCACCCGGCUCCGCGCCGAGGAGGUGGAGAGCAUGAGCCAGGCAGCCUCGGCCAAGUUCGAGGAGGGGCAGCGGGCGCUGUGCGAGGCCCGGCAGGUGCAGCAGGAGCAGCAGGCCCGGCUGCAGCAGGUGCAGCGGCAGCAGGAGCAGCUGCGGCAGCAGGAGCAGCACAUGCACCAGGAGCAUCUGAGUCUGGCCCAGCAGAGGCUGCGGCUGGACCGUGUCCGCCAGGACCUGCCCUCCAACCCCGUGGCGCUUCUCACCGGGACCGGGGGCCCCGCGGCGUCCUGCCUGAGCGCCACUGUGGCUCCUGUCCCGGCCACCCUCGGGUGCAGCCCGCUACCCAGCAGCCUGGGCCCCUCGCACCUCCACGCCAGGCUGCUGCUGAUGAAGCACACAGCUGAGCAGGACCGUGACUUCUUGGAGAAUGAACAGUUCUUCCUGGAGACCCUGAAGAAAGCCUCCUACAAUAUGACAUCCCAUUCAUCCUGAAGGCCCCGCUGUCUCCGCAGCGAGGCCUCCAACCCUGGAAGUCUCUCCCACCGCCCCACCGGCUGCCAGCACAGAGGAGGGGGUGCCCGGGGCCUGAUUACAGCUCUUCCCGGGGACAGGGUGCCAGUGCGUUCUCUCUGGGUGUGCCAGCCAGUGCCUGGAGCCUCUAAGGCUUGAGGCGCAACGGCCUCUGGGAGCCGUGGGACCGACAGCAGCCCUGCUACACCGCCAGCCCCUGAGUCUCCACCCCUGACUUCCAGCUCAGAUCCAAGGCUCUGACGGGGCCUCGUGGACCUCGCCCCUCCUCAGCGGGCAGGAUGCUUUCACCUGGGCCUCUUCUGAGCCCGAGAGACGCCACGAGCAGCCCCCUGCCCUCUCUGAGAAGCCAGCGGAGACAGCGCAGGCUCAGAGCACAUAUUUUGAAGCGCCUUCUAUCCUGCUGGCAAGGAGAUGGGUGGUGCUGUGGGGGCAGAGAAGGGGCAGGGAGGGUGCCGUGCCCGGCCAGGCCUUACCUCGCAGGAUGACGGGCUCUCGGCCUCAGCCUCAUUCCCAGCCGCCGGAGGAGCUGACCGGCCCUGCUCGGCUUCUUCUAAUCGGGCUUUCCAGAGGCGGGCCCCGGGUGGCGGUGGGGUGGGGGGUGGGGAGGGAACAGUAGAGAGGCUUCUCUGUCCUGUUCACCUGCUGCGAAGCCCCAGCACAUGGGAGAGAAGACAAGGGAGCGAGGGCCUCUGCCCUGGGAGGGGAGAGAGCACCGGGGAACUUCGCAGGGCCGCCCCUGGGGGGGCGCCUUUGCACACCUCCCUGCAGGGGCGUCAAGAGAGGGGCUUGGUAGUUGUCCCAGCAAACCUGAGGCUGGAUGGGCUCCACUGACAGCCACAGUUCCCCUGCAGCGGCUUCCCUCAGCGAGUGACUGGUCAUCUUCCAGUAGAGGACAAAGGGCUGCGGGGGUAAUGAGCAGGCGCAGUUUCUCUCUCUGCUCCUUCAGGACAGCGUUCAGAAGGAUCUUCUCAUGUACCAACAAUUCACAGCCUUCAUCUUGGAUCCAUUAAAUUGCUAUAUUCUUUUUAAAAAAAAA